UCAAAAAGACAAAGUGACCCUAUUCAUUACAAUGUCUGCAAUUCUGCGCCUCCCUGAAAGCACAGCAAAGGACGUUUCCUUGGUCUAUCAGUUUGUCAAGGCCCAAAACGUUGCUAAAGUUGAGUCUGCAACUGAACUGUCCUUGGAGGUUUCUGGUGAUGUCGUCGAAGGUGCUGUCACCAUUGCCAAGUACUUUGCUGCCAAGAACCAGCCCGAACUCCUCGGCUCUUCCAAGACUGAGCAAGUCGAGGUUGAAGAAUGGCUCUCGUGGGUCAUUGCCCUCAAAGCUCUUGAAAAAAAGCAAGUUGUUGCUACCUUGAAGAAAUUGGACGCACAUCUCAGCACCCGCACCUUUGUGGCCUUGAACCGUCUUACCAUUGCCGAUCUCUUGAUCUUUGCCAACGUGCACAAGUUCUCUAAAGAGAUCAAGGUCACCACCAUGCCCAACGUCUUGAGAUGGUUCGAUCUUAUCCAGAAUGUUGCUGUUAAGAACAACAACAUCAAGGACUUUGACCUCAUUGAGAUCAACUUGAAGGAUGUUCCUGAACCUGUCUUUGCUGCACCUGUUGCCAAGAAGGACAAGAAGGCUGCUGCUGCUGGUGACAAGGCUGCCAAGUCUGAUGAAAAGGCACCUAAGGCCGAUGCCAAGGCUGCCAAGGCUGACGAGAAGGCACCUAAGGCUGAGGAAAAGGGUGACAAGAAGGAUAAGAAAGAUAAGAAGG